UAAAUCUUGGUUGAAUCAGUGAGUGACCAUGUGAUCGAUAGUCACGCGAUGCAUAAUCAACAAUCGAAGUUCUUCGACAGUUCGACUGCGAGUCGGGACUUCCAGUCAGUCAUCUGCACACCACGGCAUGCGUGGGUGCGUACGUAUCGUAUUAUAUACAUCCGCCCUUCUCUUCUCCUCCCUCGCCCCGGCCGGACGGCUAAAAAGCAACACGUCCGCGAUCAGUGAUUAGGGGAGAGACCAAACAGCAGCGGGCGUCAUAGCCCUGUCUCACCUUCCCGCCCAGCCCCGUUACACACCCCACCCACCUACCCACCCAGCCCUAUUUCCUGCGCGUCCAUGGCGAAGACGCACCGCAGCCAGCUCUCGGACCCGUUCUCGGCCCUGACCCAGCCGCCGGCGAACGAAACGCCCGCGGAACGCCAUGCGCGGGUGCAGGCGGAGCAGGAGCAGAAGCGCGUGAGCGACCAGAUCGACGAGGAGCUGAAGCGCGAGCGCGUCGAGAGGAAGAAGCGGGCGAAGCGGGAGGUGCUGGUGCUCCUGCUUGGGCAGAGCGAGAGCGGGAAGAGCACGGUGCUCAAAAGUGCGUACGACCCGGCUCAUCUCACCAGGACUCACCUGAGAGUCUUCCGUUUCUCAGAUUUUCGCAUGAAGUACGCUGCGACGCAGUGGAAAGCCGAGCUGCGCUCCUGGCGAACGGUGGUGCAGCUCAACCUCAUCCAGAACGUCAUCACCAUCCUAGACCAUCUCGAUGACCGACUGGCAAGCCAUCCGCCAUUACCUCCAGGGUCGGAAGCAGGCACCAGCUCGCCCCCGGUCUCGUUCCAAGCGCCGAUGGUCUCGUAUGGCCGUGCUUCCAUCGACUCGAACUUCUCGGACAUGUCCAUGGCAACAUCAACAGCCCCGGGCGUGACGCUGUCCCAAAAGCACCGGAUCCUCAAUCUGCGGCUCUCCCCCCUACGCAAGGUCGCGGAGGACCUCCGGCGGCGGCUCGGCGCGGACGACCCGGAUCUUACGUUCGCAAACGGGGACGACGGUGCGGCGCUCGGGUUCGGCGGUGCGCUGCCGGACGAGCGACGCGCCGUGAGACAGGAGUUCGGGGUCCGCGGGUGGAUAGGCGCGCUCGGACUCAAUUCUCCGUUUGGCGGCGCUAGGCGAGGCAGUUCUGAUCGCCAAGGACAAGCGAUGUCCGUCGACGAGGCCACGGAGAUCCUCGCGUCCCUGUCCGAGGAUAUCAGUGCGCUGUGGAACGACGAGGAUGUGCAGCUGCUGCUGCAGGAAAACCGUGUCAGGAUGGAGGAUCAGCCCGGCUUCUUCCUUGCUGAUACAGAACGCAUCACCUCCCGAGAUUACGUGCCAUCAGACAACGAUGUCGUCCGGGCCCGGCUUCGCACGUUGGGCGUGCAGGAAUGGCGGAUUGUCCUUGAGAACGGGGACUCAUUUGGAUCUGAAUGGGUAAUUUACGAUGUUGGCGGGUCGCGGUCAAUGCGACACGCCUGGCUGCCGUACUUUGACUCGAUGAAUGCCAUCAUCUUCCUUGCUCCCAUCUCCUGCUUUGAUGAACGGCUAGAAGAGGAUCCAUCUGUCAACCGCCUCGAGGACACCCUGUUGUUGUGGAGGGCCAUUGUGUCAUCCAAGCUGUUGGCCGAAACGACUCUGGUGGUGUUUCUGAACAAAUGUGAUCUCUUGAAACGGAAACUGCAGAGUGGCGUUCAAGUCAAAAAAUAUCUAAUCAGUUAUGGAGAGCGAGAGAACGAGGUCAGCGCCGUGGUCAAAUAUCUGAAGGACAAGUUCAAGGAUAUACUCCGCGUAGAGUCCGCUGGGCCCAGAUCGGCAUAUCUCUAUGCCACUUCCGUAACGGACACAAAAGCGACUGCUGCGACGUUGAACAUUCUCCGCGACAGUCUUAUUCGGGAGCACCUGAAACACGCCGAGUUUCUGUAGAUCUAUCUGCCUCCGUCGGUGAUCGGGAUCUUUGCCACUUAUCUAUAUAUCUAUCCACAUCAUUCGUUUUCUCCGUGUUUAUUUUUGACUGCUGCCAUUCUUACUACUACGUGCAUGUACUUUAUAAAGGCGAUGAGAUGCCAUGUUAAUUUUAUUGUAGCUCGGAUUCAA